AUGGCGAUUUUGUGCCUUGCAAAAAUGAAGGAAAAGAUUUAUAUGUUCAGUGAAAACAUUUUUAUUAUAAAUGCCACAGACCAGGGUAUUUUAGCUACAUCGAAAACUAAGUUGUGAACGAUGAGCCUUUUUGAAUUACUCUUAUGGUUUGCUGUUAACAUGCGGACCACUGAGGAAACACACGUCUGUAAUUUCGCGAAUCUUGGCUAGUUUUCAAGGCGAAUAACUUUCAAAUUUGGCAGUAUUGAAAUUUAAAGGAGCUCUUUUCAGCGGAGCCGAUGGAUUUUCCUUAACCUGUCCAUGUGAAAAGUUGAAAAAAACCGUGGAAAAGUCUAUUGUAUGACGAAUCGUCUCCAAGAUUUGGACUUGAUUGUUCCUUUCUUCAAGUAACUCUCUCUAGCACCCGGAAAAGCCAGUGUUCUUAAUAGCUUGUGUAGUACGGAUUUUCUUUGCCUAACGUGCACAUCAACAGCGAACGUAGCAGUUAACAUGCAUGAUAAAAUGUAUCAAACAUCAAAAUAAAUAGAGAGAGGGUCCUGAUCAGAUCUCUGGGUUAGUUAGGUUCCCCAUGGUUAGGUAUAAACUGUAUGAUGAACAAGGCGCGUACCUACCAGUGUUUCGAAGUGCCUCUAGGUGUACUUUUCUAAAAUAAUGCUUGGAUAGGAGUGAUCGUCGUCCGGCUCUGAGUCCAAGAUUAACCAGCAUUAAUUUACUGCUUGUUUUUAUGAAGAGCAAAUCAAUGCCGGAAGUAGUGUCAAUCUCGAUGUAAAACUGCUGUGCAACCCGCUUCAGUUCCUCGUAGAAAACACUAAAUGAGUCGUUUGUCGUCUAUUUUAAAACUGAAAUUUAACGGCAUCACAGUGAAACUGUUUUCAUAGCUCAGUGAUGAGUCAUUCAGGUUUGCGUUUGUAAUUGGUUUAAUUUAUGUACGUUUGAACCAAUCAAAAACCUUUGAUCUGUUGACGUCAUUCAGUUCCAAGGCAGGUCACGCUCAGUCGACUUGUAAAUUGUAUUGUCCUUGGUGAAAAUUUUAAUUUAUUUUAUAUUUGUUUGUUUUUAAUUUUUUGGUAUGGCAACGUACAUUGAUCAAUUGUCAAAUAAUACUGAAACUUGUUGGGCAUUUGACGUUAACCUUUCAAUAAUUGAAUCAAAGUAAAACUUGACCCUUUUGAGGACCCACCGGGAAAUAAAUUCGUGAUGGGAUGAUAUUUUUGCCAUAAGGGACGGACCAUUAGAAAAGUUAUGGGGGGGUGGAGAAUUUUUGAGCCGCAGGAAUUUUUUUUCGUUAUCAAAUUCCUUGUAUGAUUUUUUUUAGGCCGUAGCAUGAAUAUUUUUUUGGGUUGAUUGGCGUGCAUGAAUUUUUUUCAUUUAAUUUUGCCUUACGCGAAUAUUUUUUUUGUACUUCGCCUGCCACCCCCUCCCCCCCAAUAAGUUUUCUAAUGGUCCAUUCCUAAGAGAUGGUCAAACCUAUUUCCUGUUCUCUAAAAAGGCUCUUGAUCUUAUUAACGAACCCAGCUCGAGGAUUUGUCACGACGCAUGGUGAGAUUUGUUUGUUUAUUGGAUUUCUCCCGGCUUUCCGUUGAAGUUCGUUGACGUUUCACCAACUGAUAAAGAACAGAUAUAAACGCUCGUCUGAGGGACAAAACCUUCAGAAAAGACAAUUCGCGCAAGCAGACUUCACCUCAAUCGAACAGGAGAGCUACUGUCACGAGAAAGAUUCAGCUGAAGAUUGACUGGUGUCUUUAAACUGACGCAAGUGAAAAGCGGGAAGGGACUGCAGUAUAUAAAGUUUAGAGAAUGAUCUUGAUGGGGAACUCGUGGAUAAGUUGUUUAGAAAAUAGAGAAGCCAUGAGGUGAUAGUGGAAAACAUUAUUUCAACUGAGUUGAAGUGAUAUACCUAAAGAAAAAUUCCGGCUAUGCUGUCCCCAAAAUAUUUAACUUUUGCUUUUUUGAAAAAUAUAAAACCGGCCCCGCUAUUAAAAUUCAUUUUAAGGAAGCAGUCUAAGUUUUUAGUGAUAAGCCUCUGGCGGCUAGGAUAAUGUCAUUAUUUUGCUAUAUUUUUCUUAUAGGGAAAAUAAUGAAGUUGUAGGACAUGCAGCUGCUUCAGCAGGAGAGCCAAUAGAGCAAGGGGUAGGUAGAUAUUUACAAGCUCAAGAGGUUCCUAUCAGUAUCCUAAUAGAAAAUAUCAAAACCUCCCAAAAUAAGAAAAGAAAAAAUCACUUUUUUACUGCACUAGCACUUUUUCUGCGGUUCGUGUUUCCAUGUAGCAUGUUGCCGAAAUCAAAAUUUCAUUAAUCCUAUAGCAAGGUGUGACUUUAAAAAAAGGCAGGUUUAAAUUUAUCUGUUUAGUACUUUUCCCAAGUUUUGGCAUCAGCACAGUUAUACUGCGACGACCCGCUUCGUAAUAUUUGGGGGCUGGGACUCACAUGAAUUGUGACCGUUGACUGGUUUUUGACGCACCCACUAGUUACAGCAAGGAGCCCAAAAGUGUGAUCUCCUUUAAUUAAUUCACAUUCUUCCAUGCAGACGUUAACCAAUCAGAAGUCGAGGACAGUUUCCAGCUGGCUUCUGAUUGGACAAAAUCUGCACGAAAGAAUGUGAGUAAAUCAAAAGCGGUCACAUUUUUUGGCUCCUUUCUGUAAGAGCAAGAAGAAACAAGCGUACAAUUUUUAACAAGAAAGUGAUAAUAUCUCCUACGCUGAUUUAAAAAUACGUAUUUGCCCUUUUUUUUCAGGCGAUCGGUGGUCAACCCAUUGAAGGAGUAUAUCUUCCCAUUCAUAAUGGAGAACAGAUAGAAGGAUCUCAACAGCUUUUUAUUGGUCAGCCUGACACUGCAGAGAUUUACAAUGGGCUGAUGGAUUCCCAAGGGACUGGCUCACCAUUGCCAGUUGUGCCACCAAGAUACCCUGACUGCCUGAAAGAGAUACUUGUUGAGGAUAUGAAUUUCAAUCCAAUGCAGGAGGUUCCCUUAUACCAGGUGCAUUCUCGAAGAGGUAGACAGCCGAUGCAGUACGCGGAGCAAACUAGAGGAAUGCAGUUCAGAGAUUGGACCGAAGCUAGACCACCAGCAACUCAGAUGCACUGCGGGCGAGGAUGGACUGUUGCAACUGAGUCGUUCGCUGGAAUCAGGUGCUCUAGAUCUGUUGAGGAGACCAGCCAAUCUCCGGAGCAGAAUCAAGGAGGUGAACGGAUGCGUGCAUCCAGUUCUCCACGACAGCUGACUUUGAACAGGUCAGUAUACGUCCUCAAAUUAAGCCAAACGCAUAUCCCAUCCAGCUAAUUCGAGGGCUAUUCUAAAUGUUUCCCGAUCCUCUGGUCACUGGUAAGCAGUGCGUUAUGUUACACCUUGACUUGAUUGAAAUCGCAGUGGUUUUACAUCUCUAAUGAGCAUGCAGGAAUGGGAAAAUCAUGAGGUAGUUUAAUAGACAGUUUAAUUUAUAUGAUCUUUGCUACCUAGUCACUUAUCAAUACGCUGAAAGGGUCAUUUAGAGAAAGCCAUGAAAUUCUACGGAAACAUCGGGAAAUUACAGCAGUUACAGGUCAUAAUGACUUCCAUAAACAUCGUACAAGGGUCAAAGUUUACUUUUUUAGCCAGUAUAGCAUCCAAGUUUGUUAGCGACUGUUUCCAAUUUGUCUUUUCUCUAUCCCACAACUCAUAAACCGCCUUUACAAAGGCAACCAGACCUGUACAAAAACUGAAGUAAUCAUCCUAAAACCGAUUUGUCUCUACAGGUCAAGUCCACCAGAACCUUUGUUAACUAAAGGUCAGAUCUGUGGUGGAAAUUAUACUUGGAAGAUAGAGAAUUUCUCUCAGCUCCUCCAGGAUGAUAGUGAUGGAAUAAAAACAUCACUUGAUAGCCCUCCGAUUUACACUAGUUUGGAUGGAUACAAGUUCUUCAUGCGUAUCUACCCAAAAGGCGAUGAUGGUGGAGAUGGAAGUCACAUUGGCCUGUUUGUUGGUAUGAUGAACGGGGAUACUGAUAACAGGCUCACAUGGCCAUUUUGUGGACGAAUCUCCCUCUCCAUGUUGGAUCAAAGCAAUGAUGCUCACAGCUUCUGCAACGAUGUCAGUGGCACUUUCGUGGCCAACAGAAAUCUUCAAGCUUUUCAGAAACCCUCUGCCAGCGGACAAUACACUACCCUGUAUGGCUACGAAAAUUUUGCACCCAUCGACAUGGUUUGUUGCCCACAGUACUCCAAAGAUGAUAAAGUGAUGAUCAAUAUCGAGAUUAACAAAAAUUUCUAA